AUGACGCAAGACUUGGAAACGCGGCAGAAGUUGGAGCAGUUUUUUUCUGGCGGAGUAGAAUCCUUAGUUCGUCCCAGGUCCGAGAGUUAUUACGAAGACGUAAUGGAAGAGAUGCAGUUAGAAAAUUCUUCUCCACGACGUUCCGAGAGGGCGCUGCUCAUGUCCGCGCCGCUGAAGAAGUCUUCGCCAGUGAAGCUGCCGUCUACAAUAUCAACGACGCGCGGUCUUUCUCAUGCGUCUUCUAGCAAGGUGACGGGAGCGUUUGCGUCGGCGAUCAGUACCACGCGGUCCACUGCAGCUGCGCAGAGUUCUUCGACCCCGCAAGAAAGCUGUCUUGGCAUUGGGAGCGUCAAAGCUGAAUCAGCCAUCCCGCCAGCGGAGCAGGGUGGGGACAUUCUAGGUGGUGUAUUGUGUACUCGAGGCAAGGACAGCACGCACCAUCGAGGGGGCACGAAUUCGAGUGGCGGGCCGCCGACAGCAGUACACCUGCACUCAGGAGGAGGAAGUAGCAGUAGUACCGCUCCAGGCGCUGGGAAGAUCUGGAGCAAUACGACUCGCAGCACGACGAGCGUCAGUCAUAGUUAAGGGUGCAGGGAAUACGUUUCCGAAGUCAUCUGGGACAAGAAAACAAGAGAAUGAAGCUACUCAGAUGAUACUUGUGACGCAUUUUCUACGCCUCUAAUAUCGCACUGACAUACUUCUUGCAGGUAGCGCAAAUAGCCAAAGCACUGCGGCAACUCAGGGAGGGACUCGGGUCUCGGGGGGAGCGCAGGUUCACCCGGCUAUCGCAAAAUCGGACUCGCCCGCGGCACAGACACAGUACUCGAGCAUUGAGAUGAGAAAUGGGUCCGGGAGGUCGGCUACUGCGGCCGUAGAUAUUGCGCCUGAAGCAGAACAUAAAAAGAUUGCAAGGUGGACAGCUUCGUUAAGUCCCGGACAGCAACUUGCAGAAGCACAUCAAGACCAGAAUGACGCUCGUCCUCCAGGCGAUAACGACACUGCUAGCGGAAGAGAGCCAGAGCAGCCCACAGAUCGCAGUGCCAGUAAGAGGGAAACCCUGGAAAUCGACAGUCCGCCGUAUCUGCAGCAACAUCGACCCAAUCCGUCUGAAAACCAUUAUCCCGUGGUCUCUUCAACCGUUACUGGCUCGCCAUCCACUGUCGCAGCUUCGGUUACCACAGCCGUUACCGCUGCGGCUACUUCGGCGGGCACGAGUUUGCUAGACCACAUGAUGGCGCCCCUCCGAGGUGCAAGUACGGUACCGCCCGGGACUAGCUGUGCGGACUCGGCAGCGGCGGAACGGGAACCUGUCUCGACCGCCGCAGGCUGUACGGGCGAUGGCACUGGAAAUGGAGGCCUAGGCGAAGGAGCCUCUGUGGCCAGCAACGCGCGCACGAGCAUAGGGACGAUGAUUAAUCAAGUGGCACGGAAGAUGAUAAACCACCGAGUUGGCUUUUUUACAGACAUUCUGGGAAACGGCUCGGCGGUGCAAGCGAAGCCGUCACCCGCUUUUACCGGAACGACCUUGUCGGCCAGCAAUGGUACUUUGUCAUUCAUGAUUCAUUCGCAGUUGUUCCCCCUGUGCUUGACAUCUUGUAGGGCACGCGCAAUGAUAUUCGAAGGUUCAUUGAUGUUAUGAAAAGCUCGAAUGGCUCAAGUCGAGAAAGUAGGUUCUCCAUCGGUGUUGUCCGUGUCUUAAAUGCAAUCAAACGAACCGCCCGGCUUGCAAUGUCGCAAGCGUGAAAGAGCAUGAUUUUCUUGAACUGUAUAUAGUGUGAGACUUUUGUUCUGCUGUCACAUACUCCUGGGUUGCAACAUUUGCAGCACAGCAUCAAUUAUUGUGUGUUGCUGCUUCUGUGUCUCGAUGUUCUUGUGUUUUGCAACCGUGAUGGAUCUAAUCUUGAUGACUCUGCAGCCGCUAAUUGGCGGACUUCUCAGGCAUGCUGCAGACUUGUCCAUGGCAUGUGUCUUUGGUGUGGCCUCGAGCUGAUCUAACGAUGGAUGAAGAGUUUUGUCUCGUCUGUGUUACCGGUGAUGGAUGUUGGACUUGAAAUCCGCCAACAGGUGUACGUAUAUCUGCCGAACAACAUGCCAUACUUACUCAUCGAGUAGCAAGCUCCCGUGAACAUGCGUGACACCUGAACUGUCAACAUCUUUUUCUGAUGUAUGCCAUCUAUUCUUGUUGCAGAAAAAUCCGUGCACUGUGCGGCGUAGUUAGAAAUGGUUCUUUUAGACUUUUCGGGAAUCCUUCGUCAUUGCAGCGUACUUGGGAAGGAAGAAGUGCUAUUGAUUUUUCGAGCAUUUUUCUUGAUAUACUUUCUUCGGAUAUGAUGAUUCUUUCUGAGCUGCUCUAGAAUUUGUCUCGUGGUUUGUGCCUAGCAUCCGCAUGUGCAGUCGAGCAAGCCCAUUAUUCAUUCAAACCCACAGAAUUGCAGGGCAUCGAAAAAUUGUAUCAAACAAAAAACAGAAGUAUUCUUCCGUAAUACGUACAAGUUGAUGUAGAAGUAAGUUCGUCUUAGUUGGGUAAAAGUGGAGUUAUACAAAAGUAGGUGAAGUUUCUAUAUAUGAUAUAGGGACGCACGGCCCCCCGCCCCCCUGUGAAUGGCCCUGCACUGGCGCUUGCGCGCUCUUUUCCGAGCUGCUUUGCGCGGAUUGUCGGGGUGGAAGGCGUCAAAACUGGGAGCGGGCGCCCC